GGCGACACGGUCCUCACUGCAUUGACCUGGCGCACCUUGCCCGGAGCGGUACAGCGUUUCACCCUCUUAACUGUCCUUUCCGAUUGCACGUUGAACGCCCAUUGACCAGUUGUAGUCUUUAUUACUAUUAUCCUACGGUUCAACAUGAUGUUUCCAGCGUCCUGAUUUCCUCUCCCGGUUCUUACUCAGAUGAGCAAAAGGGGACCCGACUGAAGGAACAUCCGCCAGAGCAUGAGGGCAAGCGCACCUUAAAAAGAUAUCUCCCAGGUAGGGAGACAGGCUGGCUGUUCUCGCAGAAAAUGAGGUUAUCGGGGCCGUCGUAUCCCAAGGCGACGGCCAGUAUGGCGUCUUUCCAAAUGACAGGCUUCCCCCGUAGGAGCCGGGUGCUUUUGUUUGCCCUAAUCCUCUUCUGUGUCCUCGUCCUGUUGCCGAAGCCGGGCCUCCAUGUCGGCAGAGCACUGCUCUUCUUCAUGUUCUCGCCCGAUUCUGCUGGCUCAGACUGGCACAAGGGAUUGAACCUGGACAUUCUAAAAUAUGUCGACCCCUUGAUCGGGACGACUGAUGGAGGACACGUCUUUCCAGGGGCAACGCUGCCCUAUGGUAUUGCCAAGGCGGUUGCCGACACCCUGAGCCCGGCUGAGAAUGCUGCUGGCUUCGUGUCGGACGACGCACCGAUCCUGGGGUUCUCACACAUGCAUGACUCCGGCACUGGGGGCAACCCGUCUCUUGGUAAUUUCCCGAUAUUCUUCCACCCCGGAUGUCCCGAGGACGACUUUGUUCAGUGCAGGUAUGCCCUCCGGGAGAGGAUGACGGACCGCGUCAACGGUUCUGCAUACGCCACGCCGGGAUACUUCAGGAUCAACUUGACCAACUCUGUCCAAGCCGAGAUGACAGCGACUGAGCGCACUGCCCUCUACCGUUUCACAUUCCCGGGGACGCCAACUGUUGAAGUAGAAGAUGUCGACGUGCCGUACAGUCCGCUAGUGGUGGUCGACCUUGCAGACCUUGCGAACAGCCGAAGUGGCGGUGCUAUUCAAAUAUUCCCCGACCUUGUGAGAGUUGCCGGAAACGGGACCUACGGUCCGUCAUUUGGCUUGGGCAGCUACAACGCCUUCUUCUGUGCCGAUUUCAGGGGUGCCUCGCUCCGGAAGUCGGGAACGUUCCUCUCGAACACGGCAACUGAAGAGCCAAAGUGGCUCGGCUCCGGUGUCUACAUCCCACCCGGCUCGGCGGGCGCCUGGCUGCAGUUCGAGAAGCCCGAGAGCGACUCGAUUCUCGCCCGGGUCGGCCUCUCGUUCAUAUCCGUCGACCAGGCAUGCGCCAACGCGGAGAACGAGAUAGCGGAUUUCGGAUUCGAGAGCGUCCACAAGGCUGCACAGCGGCAGUGGGCGGAGAAGCUGUCGGUGAUCAAGGUCGAUGCGGCGGGGGUCAGUGACGAGUUGCAGACAACGUUCUGGUCUGGGCUCUACCGAUCCCUGCUCUCGCCCCAGAACUAUACGGGAGAGAACCAGUUGUGGAACUCCUCAGAGCCGUAUUACGACUCGUUCUACUGUAUCUGGGACUCGUUCCGCGCACAGCACCCACUGCUGACGAUUAUCGACCCUGUAGCGCAGACGGAGAUGAUUCGCGCUUUAAUAGACACGUACAGGAAUAUUGGAAAGUUACCGGAUUGUAGGAUGAGUUUUUGCAAGGGAUUCUCUCAGGGAGGGUCCAAUGCAGACAUCGUCAUCGCCGACGCUUACAUCAAGAACCUCACCGAAGGCAUCGAUUGGGAGACGGCUUAUGAGGCAGUCCUGUCCGACGCCGAAGUGGAACCACGCAACUGGGGUUUAGAAGGGAGGGGUAACCUGGUGAGCUGGCACAACCUCGGAUACAUACCUUGGGACGACAAAGACACCAACGGUACCGGUCCAUCUAGCCGCACCAUCUCGCGCUCGGUCGAGUAUGCCUACGACGACUUCUGCAUCUCCCUCAUGGCGGCCGGGAUGGGCCACCAGGGCGACGCGGAGAAAUACCACAAGCGCAGCGCCAACUGGAAGAACCUCUGGAACCCAGAGCAGCGCGACCUGUACCGAGACUCGGAUAACGACGUGGUCCAGACCGUGUUCAAGGGCUUCAUGAUGCCCCGGAUGCUGAACGGGACGUGGCGGUACCAGAACACGCGCACGUGCAGCCCCGUGCACGAGAUGCACCGCUGCUACUUCGACACGGGCCUGGACACGUACGAGGGCAGCCCCUGGCUGUACAGCUUCUUCGUGCCGCAGGACAUGGGCGGGCUGGUGGAGGCCAUGGGCGGGAGGGAGCGCUUCGUCGAGAGGCUGACGUACUUCCACACGUCGGGCAUCGCGUACAUGGGCAACGAGCCGACCUUCCUGCCUGUCUUCCAGUUCCACUACGCCGGCCGGCCGGGGCUCAGCAGCUACUGGGCGCACCGCUACAUCCCCAGCCUGUUCAACGCCAGCAUCAACGGCAUCCCCGGCAACGACGACUGCGCCAUGGGUGCCUUCAGCGCCCUCGCCUUCAUGGGCUUCUUCCCCGUCGCCGGCCAGGACGUCUACCUCCUCACGCCCCCGUUCUUCCGCGAGGUGGCCAUCAGGACCAAGCUGGGCAGCCGGGCAGUCAUCCGGGUGCUGAACUUCGACCCCACGUACGCGGCGAAAUACAUACAGAGCGCGAGGCUGAACGGGAAGCCGUACACGAGGAACUGGAUCACGCACGAUUUCUUCCUCACCGGUGGCGUCCUAGAGUUCACCGUCGGCAGCGUCGAGGGAGCCUGGGGGUCGCGAGACGAGGACCUGCCCCCGAGUUAUCCGGUGCUAGGUAUGGGGGGUUGAUUCAUGUCUACCCCCUUUGGAUGUUUCACGAGGUUGGUCUAUCGUAUUGUACAUACAUCUUGGUUAUUGGAUAUACCCGCUCGUCGUUAUUUUGGCAUAGGCAACAACGCCACAGGAAGGGUCUAGCAUAGCAACAACAAACGCCC